CGCGACCGCGUUCAGGAGCUACGUUGUCGUUUGUUUUGUUUGGGGUUGUGUUUGUGAAAUUCAUUGAUUGCUGCUUUAUAAAAUUAAUCUUUUACCACCAAGUUUUGUUGGUACUUUAUACUUGUUUCCCGGUAAAUUUGUAAAUUUCAAUUUACGAUCCCGCUGGUCUGGUCACUGGUGGCGGCGGAAGACUUUCUGGUCUGGACGGUUAAUACACCGGUUCGCGCACUUGGGCGUCACAACACGUAAACGACGAUGGGUGAUUAUAUACACACAAACAUUGCCCAGGACAAUGUGGCGAUGGUGCGGCUUGAGCUGGCACAGAACGAUCAGAUCCCACUGCGGCGACCUUUCGACCCGCUCAUCCACGACCUGGACCCGCACUUUAAGCUGACCAGGUUUGCCGACCUCAAAGGACGUGGUUGCAAAGUGCCCCAAGAAGUGCUCAACAAGCUCCUGGAGGGCUUCCAACAGGAUGAAAAUGGCCAUGGUGAACAGUCGCACUUCAUGCACAUGACCAUGACCAAAAUUGGUAUUGGGAUGGAUGCUGCCGUCGUACCCAUUAGACACGGCGGUCUGUCGCUAGUACAGACAACCGAUUAUUUUUAUCCUCUUGUUGAUGAUCCAUUUGUCAUGGGCAAAAUUGCCUGCUCCAACGUAUUGAGCGACUUGUAUGCCAUGGGCGUUACCGAAUGUGACAAUAUGCUCAUGUUACUAUCUGUAUCCACUAAAAUGACUGAAAAGGAACGAGAUGUUGUGAUACCAUUAAUAAUGAAAGGUUUUAAAGAAACUGCUUUUGAAGCUGGUACUACAGUGACGGGUGGGCAAACUGUUGUAAAUCCAUGGUGUACCAUUGGAGGUGUUGCUACCACUGUUUGUCAACCUAACGAAUUUAUCAUACCAGACAAUGCUGUUGUUGGCGAUGUUCUUGUACUAACUAAACCUCUUGGAACACAGGUAGCUGUAAAUGCUCAUCAAUGGGUAGACCAACAAGAUAAAUGGAAUAGAAUAAAACUAAUUGUUUCAGAAGAGGAUGUGAGAAAAGCUUAUCAGCGUUCUAUGGACUCAAUGGCUCGCUUGAAUAAAACAGCAGCCAAAUUGAUGCACAAAUACAAUGCUCAUGGUGCAACAGAUGUCACUGGUUUUGGUUUAUUGGGUCAUGCCCAAACAUUAGCAAAGCAUCAAAAAAAUGAAGUAUCGUUUGUCAUUCACAAUCUUCCAGUAAUUGCCAAAAUGGCAUCAGUAGCAAAGGCAUGUGGCAAUAUGUUCCAAUUGUUACAAGGUCAUUCAGCAGAGACAUCAGGUGGACUUUUAAUUUGCUUACCAAGAGAACAAGCUGCAGCAUAUUGUAAGGAUAUUGAAAAAGUAGAAGGGUAUCAGGCAUGGAUCAUAGGUAUUGUGGAGAAAGGCAAUCGUACUGCUCGAAUAAUAGAUAAACCUAGAGUAAUAGAAGUUCCAGCUAAAGAAAAAGAUGGAGAAACUGUGGUAGGACUGUAAUUAAAUUAGUGCCAUUGACUCGGGAAGUUGUAAGAAAUAUACAUUUUUUAUUUUAUUUAAUAUCUAGCUUUUCCAUUAUUUCAAGAUUUAAUUUAUACAAAAUCUUAAUUUUUUUUUUUUUUUUGUAGUUUUUAUUCUAUUUUAUCGUGUAUUUUUCACAACAGCUAGAUUUAUUAAAAAGAUACAUGUAUAUAUUUCUUACAAAUACUUCAAAUUACAUUUGACCAUUCAUUAAAGUCUAUAUUUUUGUUUUAUGUAGUUUUAAUCAAAAUAAAAAUAUUUGUAUGUACUGGUUACGUAAAUUGGUUUAUAGUCUUUACAAACCUAAAAAAAAUUUAAACAAUCUAUUGUACAAUAUAUAGAAAUUAUGGAAUACGAUUUGUAAAUUUUGCUAUUAGUUUUUAUGUUUUUGAAUUUACAUUAAAUUAAGACCGAAUAUAAUAUGUAUUUAUAAAUCCAAUAAAUGGUUUACCAUUAUUUUAA